GACCUCUUAGCAGAGGCUUAUACUGUAUAUGGAAGGUAACUUAACUGUAUCAUCAUGAACUGUAUUGUUUAAUGCUGUCUGUUUCCUUGUACUCUCUCUCUCUCUCUCUCUCCCUCCCCCAGGGGUACCAUGGUUCGAACAUUGAACAAUAUGGCGGAGCUGAGAGGUUCUAGGUUUGGUCGUCCCUGGCCGAGGCACGGACUCAAGCUCCUUUUCUGGUUCGCCAACGAUUACAUUGUCUUCGACGAUGACAACCAGAUGUUUGCAAAUUACGACCCCAACAACGGAGACUUUGGUUUCCAUCACUUCCGGAACAGACUUGAGUGUGAAAACUCCGUCUGCAAGAGGCUGCUUCCUGAUGAGGGCUACCCAUUCUAUGAGGUGGGCAACCUCCACCUUAUAGCAUCUGAUUCCAUGCCUAAUUAUGUCAGGAAGUACAACACUGGUGACAUAGAUACCAGCAACAUGGACCGCCUCAUCAUCAGUAUGCGUCCAGACAGGACAGUGGAUAAGGUCUAUGUGACCCAACACGAGGACCUGAGGAGCUUCGACCCGGUCAACACCUAUCGCAUCAGCAGGGGGUUGCUCAUGAUCAUAUGCGGCCAUCCAUUCGCUGACAUGUCAUUUAGGAACUUCCUGGAACAGGCGGGCUAUUCCACCCACGAGCCAAUGAGAUUUAUCGAUCAGAGUUCUAGUUCCGCCCAAAUCGAAUUCCCAAGCCCCGCCCCCAGGGAGUCUAGGGAUACCAGAAUGAAUAUGGAAGUUGGACCCAGAGCGCCGCCCAGAGCUGCACCAGGCUUCUGGGAAAACUGCUGUACCAUACUGUUUAUUUUAAUUGUUUUUAUUGUUUUAUUUUACCUUUAUUUAAU